ACCCCCUGGGGAGAAGGCCCCCGCGUGUGACCACCGUGGGGCCCAGGUGCUGCACUGGAGCUGCCCCCGCGCUGCGCUGUGCGAGGUCCGCUCGGACUGCCCCCCGCGCACACAUCCCUGUCCCAGGACCCUGCCGCCGGCCUCUCUCCAGCAGAGUCCCUUCGUGGAGCUUCCUGCCGCGGGCCGGCACAGCGAGGCCUGUACCCGAAUGUCCCCGCUGGCCCCUCAGGAGUUGCUGCAGGCGGCAGAGGAGCCCCUUCCGUGCGCCCGGUGCGGAAAGCGCUUGGGCCCCAACGAGCAGCGGAUGGGACGAGGGACCCCGAUGUGUCCUAGGUGCGACCAGGCCUCGGGUCCUUUCCCCCAUGAGCCCGGCCGCCCGGCCCAGCAGCUGUACGCCUGCGUCGAGUGCGGCAAGGCCUUCACGUGCACCUCAAGACUGCUGCAGCCCGAGGGCAUCCACACGGGUGAGCGGCCCUACGUGCGCUGACUGCGGCCAGGCCUUCGUGCGCUGCUCCGGCCUCCAGGGCCAC